AUGAAGCAUGAUAGAAGCCUGAAGGGAAGGAUCGGGGAGGUGGAGAGGUGGAUUGACAGUGACUGUAACGAAGGGUCCAAGCAUAUGCUGACUGUGAGGACAGCGCAGGCCGGGAAGGUUCAGAUUGCGCCUCACCAGAAAAAUGUAGACCCCGUGUAUGCCCAGACGCAGAAGACAUUGCUCAAAGAGUUCACAGAAGACCUCAUUCGACGGAACGCUGAACACAACGACUGCAUCAUUUUUUCCCUCGAGGAACUCUCCUUACACCAGCAAGAAAUAGAAAAACUUGAACAUAUUGACAAAUGGUGCCGGGACUUAAAAAUCCUCUACCUGCAGAAUAAUCUCAUUGGAAAAAUUGAAAAUGUUAGCAAACUCAAGAAACUGGAAUAUUUGAAUUUAGCUUUAAACAACAUCGAAAAAAUUGAGAAUUUGGAAGGAUGUGAAGAGCUGACAAAGCUGGAUCUCACCAUCAAUUUCAUUGGGGAGCUGAGCAGCAUUAAAGCCCUGCAGGGUAACAUCCACCUGAGGGAACUCUUCCUCAUGGGGAACCCCUGUGCUGACUUCGAGGGCUACCGCCCGUUUGUGGUGGCGACCCUUCAACAACUGAAGUGGCUGGAUGGUAAAGAGAUAGAACGUGCCGAGAGGAUCCAGGCUUUGCAGAGCUACCCAGAAAUUCAGCAACAAAUCCGCGAGCAGGAAAGAGCCUACUGCCUCAAGCGAGCCAAAGACAAGGAGGAGGCACAGAGGAAUCUCCAGCAGGAGCAGGGAACCGGAGCAGAGAAGGGAAGUCGCCCCGGCUGUGAUGGACGGAGCUACACAGAUGCCAACAUGGCACACCCGCCUUCUUCAGACAACCGAGAGCACCUCUCAGCAUCCGAGAUACAAGAAGACCAGUGUCAGGAAAAGAAACUGGAUGAAAUCGAAGAAGACCUGGCCUUCUGGAACAAGCCCUCAUUGUUUACUCCAGAAUCAAGACUGGAAACCCUUAGACAUAUGGAAAAACAACGGGAAAACCAGGAAAAAUUAAGUGAAAAGAAGAAGAAAGUGAAACCACCCAGGACUCUGAUCACAGAGGAUGGCAAAGCUCUGAAUGUGAAUGAGCCCAAGCUUGACUUCUCUUUGAAAGAUGAUGAGAAACGUAACCGGAUCAUCCUAGAUCUUGCCGUUUAUAGGUACAUGGAUACCUCUUUAAUCGACGUGGAUGUGCAGCCCACUUACGUGAGAGUAAUGGUCAAAGGGAAGCCGUUUCAACUUGUGCUUCCUGCAGAAGUGAAACCUGACAGCAGUUCAGCCAGAAGAUCUCAGACGACGGGGCAUUUGGUGGUCUGCAUGCCCAAGGUAGGAGACGUGAUCGUAGGUGGCAAAAAAACAUCAAAGUCUGCGACAAUGACCCCAGAUGUCACCAAAGAGCAAACAAACAAAAGAAGAACACAAGUGGAGAAGCUAGAAGUAGAUCCCAGCAAGUACUCGUUUCCUGAUGUGGCUAACAUUGUCCAAGAGAGAAAACACGCGCCCAGAAGGGUUGGAGCAGAACCAAAGAGUACGCCAGGCGAUGAUGAUUCAGACUUUGAAGACAACUGUGAUGUUCCUCCAUUGAUCUGA